CCGAAAACGGUUUAAAUUGCACAAUAACCCAAUAACAACAAAUAAAAAGAAGAAACGUCCAAAUUUACAACAAAUAGCUUCUACCCAACAACAACAACAAAAUAAUUUAUUUAUAGCAACAGUCCCAAAACCUAAAUAUAUGAGGGAAAUGACUAUGGCAAUAAUGAGGAUUGCCGCUUUUCAUUUAAUUUGUUGGCUACCGUUUUGUUUGAUUCAAUUAAUUCCAACACAGUUAUAUGAAGCUGGCCCAACAAUUCGAAAACAUUCAGCCCAAUCAUCUAUCGACAAUCUAUUUUUCGGUGGCGGAGAAAAAACCUCUAUAACAACAACCCUUUUAUCUGCCUCCACAUUAGCUACAACAGCUCGUCGUUCCCCACAAACAAAUAAUUUAUCAACAGGAGAAUUUGGAUGGAGGGAUGGUCGAGCCCAUACUUUUUGUGCCCCUAUAAGGGCUAUUCCCUCAACAAAUAAUUUAAUAACAAAUAAAAUACCCCCAAAACUCCCAACAACUUCCCACCUACGUUUUGCCCAACAAUUAAUUGCUGCAACAGUGCAUGGGGUAGAGGAAAGGGAGAAAACAACAAUACCCACAAAUAUUAUAAAACAAGGAAGAAGAGAAUCUGCAGCAGAAAAAACAACAAAUUUUGGUUUCGACACUCUCAAGUGGAGAACAACCUUUUCUCUUCGAAUUUUUGGUUCAAUUGGGGAUAAAGAGAAUAGUCUGUCUAUUAUUGAAACUAUUCACAUAAACAAACUUUUAUUCAACAAAAUGGACAAGUUAUUAUUAUUUUUAUUUGGAGUAUUUGUUGGUGUGAUUGUUACUCUUUUACUAUUUAAAAUUUGUCCUGCAAUUUAUUUAUUUGUUAUUAAGAAGAAAUCUACAUGGAAUUAAUUUAAUGACGAUUUCUGGAUUUUUUCGAAUUGCUGCAUCGAUGACUUUGGAACCGAUCACUCCUUUAAAUUUGUUGCAAAGUUUUCUUUCUCUCUUUCCUUUUCCUCUUUCCUUUUCCAUUUAAUUUAUUCAUUACCUUAUUUUAUUUAAUAAUGGUUUAAUAAAUUUGUUUUUGUAUAUCCAAUUUUAAAAUUGUAGUUAUGUAUUCCUAAAAUAUUGUUAAAUACAUUUUAUUCGUUUUUAGAAAUUACUGACAUUUUAGACCAACGAAAUUUUCGAUGGUUCCAUCAAUAAGGAUCCAGACAACCCAACCCCUUCAGCCGAAGACCUGCACCACGUGGCCAUCCACGAGGCUGGUCACGUGGUUGCUAGCUUUUUCUGUGAGUCUACAACAAAGGCAAUAAAGGUUUGUAUUUAUAUUUAUUUUAGUACGGUGUC